AUGGCGCUGCGGGACAGGACCGGCGUUGGCCAUGUGCUGUUAUGCUGUCACCUUGCAGCCGUCGCUCCCGGCAACCAGUUUCUCGAUGCAUGUGGUCGAGAGCGAUGCGUAGAGGACAUGGUACCAUUGUGCUGCACUAAGGCAGGGACCAUGGCCUCGCAUCUCACCCGUGGCCAGGUUAUCCUUCCCUCUCAGCACGAGGGACCCCGACACGAGGAAUGUGACAAGAGAGAAAACAGUCAUGGACAACAAAUGAUUUUCCUUCGAACCGGCGAUCGACAAGAGCUGCAGACUCCGCGAGACACGUCAAUGUCGGAGAAUAUCCACCUCGUGCCGGCACGCUUCAAGAGUCAGACACCGUACCCGCGCUUGUGUGACAGCUGUGAUCGACCAUUUACGCCCUCGCGCGAACGCCCAAGCCCACCUUCUGUCCGUUCGCAUCCUGGACAGCAUACGAACCGCUUAUCCUAG